UCCGGGUGAUGGCGCCCGGCGCCCCGGAUGUAGCCCUGGGGAAAGUCUCUCUUUUUCUUCCCCCACGGCCUCCCGUGGAUCCUGAGCCCAGGGAAGGCUCCUCAGUCCAGUCAUGCCAAAGAGGAAAGUGACCUUCCAAGGUGUGGGAGAGGAGGAUGAUGAGGAUGAAAUCAGUGUUCCCAAGAAGAAGCCAGUGGAUCCUGUGGCUGGGGCAGGGGGUCCUGGGAGCCGCUUCAAAGGCAAACACUCUUUGGACAGUGAUGAGGAGGAUGAUGAUGAAGAGGAGGGGUCCAGCAAAUAUGAUAUCUUGGCUUCGGAGGAUGUGGAAGGUCAGGAAGCAGCCACGCUCCCCAGUGAGGGAGGUGUGCGGAUCACACCCUUCAACCUGCAGGAGGAGAUGGAGGAAGGCCACUUUGAUGCUGAUGGCAACUACUUCCUGAACCGGGAUGCUCAGAUCCGAGACAGCUGGCUAGACAACAUUGACUGGGUGAAAAUCAGGGAGCGGCCACCCGAUCAGCGCCCACCGUCCGACUCAGAGGAAGAGGACAGCCUGGGCCAGACACCAAUGAGUGCCCAAGCCCUUCUGGAGGGCCUUCUGGAGCUGCUGUUGCCAAGAGAGACCGUAGCUGGUGCACUGAGGCGUCUGGGGGCCAGAGGAGGAGGCAAAGGGGGCAGCAAAGGGGGUGGGCGGCCCAGUUCCCCCCAGCGCUUGGAUCGGCUCUCUGGGUUGGCCGACCAGAUGGUGGCCCGGGGCAACCUUGGCGUGUAUCAGGAGACAAGGGAACGAUUAGCCAUGCGGCUGAAGGGGUUGGGGUCCCGGACCCAGGGACCCCCUGAGCCCACACCCCCACCCUCUCUGGACAUGUUUGCUGAAGAAGUGGCAGAGGGGGAGCUGGAGACCCCAACUCCUACGCAGAAGGGAGAAGCAGAGUUGCCAGGAGAUGGUCUGGUGGACGUGAUGUGGGAAUAUAAGUGGGAGAACACAGGGGAUGCUGAGCUGUAUGGGCCCUUCACCAGCACCCAGAUGCAGCUCUUGCUCUCUUUUCCUGCAGACCUGGGUGAACGAAGGCUACUUCGCAGAUGGUGUUUAUUGCCGGAAGCUGGACCCUCCUGGUGGACAGUUCUACAACUCCAAACGCAUUGACUUUGACCUCUAUACCUGAGCCUGCUGAGGGCCCGGUUUGGUGGCCCCUUCUUUCCUGAACUCUCUGGAGGAGGCCCCAGCUGCCUCAGGCAGUGAGGACUUGAGGGGCCGCUUUUCAGUCAAUUUCCCUUUCCCAAUAAAAGCCUUUGGUUACAUAUUAGGGCCUUGGCUGUGCUGAUGGCCAGAAGCCAAGGACCCCUUUGGACUCGC